GUAUCGAGUAGCAAUUCGUACCAGAUAUCCGUGUCAAUCAAAGCUAAGUUUGCAAGGGCUUCUCUCCGCGCGACCCGAUUUGUCACAGCAGACGACUUUUUAGUCGGUCGGCAAGUGACUGAUGGAAAAAACUAUAAAAACAUCUGGACCAGUUCAUGAUCUCAAUGGCGAGAUAAUUUCAAGGUUUUGCAAGCAAACAAUAAGUAAGCAUUCUUUUCCCUAUAGAUAACACACAUUCCAGAAUAAUUCAAGCGCUUUUCCGCCCCGUAUCACGUGUGUGUCCAUUAUAAUCCAUACAUCAAAUAAUAAAAAAAUUUGUGACAGUUAUUCCUCGUCGGCGUCAUAUAAUCCCGUUGGAUACUACGUUACGGCCUAGCAUAGACUGAAAUGCGACGUAGUUUUUUGAAAACAGGCAAAUAUUUGGCUUUCUCUAGAUCCAACUCAAUGAUAACCAAUGUGGUGCCUGAUAUAUUCUUCACGCACUUCCAAUCCCUUAAUGGAAUAUGAUACUUUCAGUGAUUUCACAAGACUGGAGUAGUAGCUUCAUCUGAAGGCCCAUCCUGUAAUCCAAUACUUCACAGCCACAUCCUUUGUAUACACUGAAUUCCUAAUCUCUCAUCAUCCAAAAUAAGACUAGUGCGAUAAUUUCCUGGCAGUUUGGCUUGGAUAGUAGUCCCGUGCAGCAGACCGUCUCCACUAUUCAUUGCAAGCACCCUCCAAAAGCAUACUUUGACCUUAAUAAGUGAAUAAUUUGUUUAUUUUUCAAAAAUCCAGUGAUCUUGAGACUCCAGUAAAAAAAAAAGAAAUGGUUGGAAAAUAUGGGCCUCUUAUUGGUGCAAUUGACCAAGGGACCAGCAGCAGCAGAUUUUUAGUUUUCUCGGCGGAACGAGCAGAACUCAUCACCUAUCACCAGGUCGAAGUGAAUCAGCUCACACCUCAAGAAGGAUGGGUGGAAUCGGAUCCGAUGGAACUUUUGCAGACCGUUAUCGAUUGCGUCUGCAAAACAGUGGAGAACUUGAAAAGUUUGGAUGUCGAUCCCGGAGACAUCAAAGCCAUUGGCGUUUGCAAUCAACGUGAAACGACCAUCGUCUGGGACAAGCUAACUGGAAAACCUCUUUACAAUGCCAUCAUUUGGUUGGACGCCCGUACAAAAAGCACCGUGGAAUCGAUGCUGUCAAAAGUGCAAGGUGGAAACAAGGAUUUCUUGAAGAGACAUUGUGGCCUUCCCAUCAGCACUUAUUUUAGUGCACUCAAACUCAGGUGGUUGAUCGAUAACGUCGCUGAAGUGAGCGACGCUAUUGACGAAAACCGCUGCUUGUUUGGAACUGUCGACACUUGGCUGAUUUGGAAUCUCACUGGUGGGGUCAAGGGCGGCCUGCAUCUCACUGACGUAACUAAUGCGUCACGCACUAUGCUGAUGAAUCUGGAAACCUUAAACUGGGAUCCUUAUUUGCUCAAAUUCUUCAAUAUACCAACAUCUAUUCUUCCGGAGAUUCGAAGCUCAUCCGAAAUUUAUGGCUUCUUAACUUCCACGCCAUUAGGCGGAACUCCUAUUUCAGGCUGUCUAGGAGACCAGCAAUCGGCUUUAAUUGGCCAGCUAUGCCUUGAACCUGGACAGGCAAAAAUGACGUACGGUACUGGAGGAUUCUUGUUGUACAACACGGGCAUUGUGCCGGUGCAAUCAGAACACGGAUUGAUUACAACCGUGGCCUAUCAAAUGGGGAAGAAUAAGCAACCGCAUUAUGCUAUGGAAGGAUCGAUAGCUGUCGCCGGUCUGGCUCUUAAUUGGUUGAAAAACAAUUUGAAUUUGAUUUCCGACUUUCAGGAAUGCGAAAAAUUGGCCUCUUCCGUAACCACCACCGGCGGAGUCUAUUUCGUUCCCGCCUUUUCGGGCCUUUACGCCCCCUACUGGAGAAUGGAUGCUAGAGGAGUCGUUUGCGGAUUGACCCAGUUUACCACCCGGGCCCAUUUGGCUCGUGCUACUUUGGAAUCUGUGUGCUAUCAAACCAAGGACAUCGUUGAAGUGAUGACUCGCGACGCUGGUGCUCAUAUGACGUCGCUGCGUGUCGAUGGUGGGAUGACGCAAAACAAUCUUUUGAUCCAGCUCCAGGCCGACAUUCUCGGCAUUCCGAUUGUGAGACCCACGAUGACGGAAACGACGGCCCUAGGUGCGGCUAUGGCAGCUGGGAAUGCCGAAGGUAUAGACGUUUGGAGCUUGGAUUCGCUGGAUCAGAACAGUAUCACCAGCGAUACGUUCACUCCGGCCGUCUCCGAAUCAGACCGAGGCUCCCGUUACACUCGUUGGAAGGAUGCCGUCAAGCGGACUCUAGGCUGGGAAACGAUUCUUGACGAUGGCAUCGCUGACCCAGGUAAACCUGUCGAUCUGAACUAAUAAUCUGCAAGCAAUACCUUUUUUUUUCUGUUGUUGCUGUCGAUACUUUUUGGUUGUUCCAUUAUUUUUUUACACCUUACCCGUUCCGUUAUCCCCCUUAUAGUCUGCGUUGAACUUGAUAUCUUUAGUUUAACUUUUGUUUGCAAUAUGAUUUUUGUCCUACACCAAAAUUUUAACAGUACCUGUUACUAACGCAAAAUCAAUAUCUGAAAAAUCAAAAGCGAGAGAGAACAUUCCCAUUUAUAUUAUGAGACACCCUCAGCAUGUGCCAUUAACCCACUGAAACUCUCAACUCCGAAUGAGCCAGAUAUUUCAUUUUGUUAGUGUUACUACCCUGUGUGUCUGCGGGAAUGUUGUUGGCUCGGUACCAGUAGUAUCUUCCAAUAAACACUUUGUUGUUGUUGUUGAACAGCAGUCGGUAA